CUCUCUCAUCUUGAUAUCAGUUUGGAACUGACCUAAAUCAUUGCUAUCUUUUAGAAGUUUUCUUUGGUUGUCAAAUGCAAUAUUGGAGGACCUUGCAUGUCUAGCUGCUCCUGAAGAAUGGUUAAAUCCACUACUUUUUCUUCGACGAUCAAUCUACACACCAUGGAGUAGUUGGGAAUCAAACCGUUUUGCAAAUAGCGAACAAUAAAUCUUUCUAAUUAUUGAUGAAUUAAAUGUUCAUUAUAUCACAAUGUUGGAGCUCCGUCUACUUCAGGGGUCUCUUCUCAAGAAGGUUCUCGAGGCCAUGAAGGAUCUCGUCAACGACGCCAACUUCGAUUGUUCCCCCACUGGUUUCUCCCUCCAAGCUAUGGAUUCCAGUCACGUCGCUUUAGUUUCUCUUCUUCUCCGUUCUGAGUGUUUCGAGCAUUAUCGCUGCGAUCGUACCAUCUCCAUGGGAAUGAACCUCAACAAUAUGGCUAAGAUGCUCCGUUGCGCUGGUAACGACGAUAUUGUUACUCUUAAGGCUGAUGAUGGUAGCGAUUCCCUCACCUUCAUGUUUGAAAAUCCUUCGCAAGAUAAGAUAGCUGAUUUUGAGAUGAAGCUGAUGGAUAUUGAUAGUGAGCAUCUUGGAAUUCCUGAUGCUGAAUACCAGUCUAUUGUUAAAAUGCCAGCGGUUGAGUUUGCCAGGAUUUGUAAGGAUCUUAGCUCCAUUGGCGAUACUGUUCUGAUCUCCGUGUCCAAGGAAGGAGUUCAAUUCUCUACUAGAGGUGACAUCGGUACUGCAAACAUAGUUUGUAGACGAAAUACCACAGUUGACAAGCCUGAAGAAGCUGUUAUGAUAGAGAUGGAAGAACCAGUUAGCUUAACGUUUGCCCUGAGGUACCUCAACUCUUUUACAAAGGCAACCCCUCUAGCAAACCAGGUGACUAUUAGCAUGUCUUCAGAUCUGCCUGUAGUGGUUGAAUACAGAAUUGAAGACAUGGGUUAUAUAAGAUACUACUUGGCUCCUAAGAUCGAAGAAGAAGAUGAAGCUGCAGCAAUUAGCAAACCAGAGACAGAGCCCAAACAUACAGCAAAGGCAAAACCCAAAGCAGAUUUGAAGCCAAAAUUUGAGGCUCACCCUGAAUCUGAAUCUGAGAUGAAGUCUGAAGAAGACAAAGGGUCUGUAAUUGAGAUCAAGGAUAAAGACAACAAGUCUGUAUUUGUAAUCAAUGAUGAAGAAAAGAAUUCAUCAGUCAAAAGCAAGGCACAAGAGGAAACCAAUACUCCCAAAGAACCGAAGAUUGAAACAAUGGACCUUGAGUGAUGAGUUAUCAUGAAAAAUCAAUUAGUAAGUAGGAAACAUUAGCCACUUUUUUAACUCCUGUUGGUUAGGAGUGAUUUUGUGGAUUACAAGCAAGAAGUGAUGGCUAUAUGUUUGUUUAGAUACACUCUAAUGUAAUUGGAAUAUUUUGUAAGAAUCUUCAUUCAGAUAAUAUUUUGGAGUCGGGAUUCUCAAAUCCUCUGACCAUGGAAGGAGAAAUGACAAGUAGAUUUGUUUCUUUU